GCAAGCUCUAGUAUGAGUUUCUUCUCCGACCUGCGAUUGAACGAUCUUUCUGCACGAUUAGGCCACGAUGCACUAAAGUCACUUGUUGCACAAAUAUCAGGUAUGGUGAAGUCUCGUGUGGAAGUGCUCCAUCGCAACCUCGGUCCAUCCAGUAUAUGGAACCAAUCUGGCGAUGUCCCGAGAUUAUCGCCUCAAAGGGAACGCCAUCUGAUCAAUAUCUAUUUCGAAAAUAUUCAUCCGUUGUAUCCAUUUCUGGACCGUGACGAAUUCGAGACCAGAGCGUCUGCCUCCACUUCAGAGGCUGGUCACACAAAUGAACUGGCGUGGACAGCUUUAUACCACACCGUCCUAGCUCUUGGCUGUGAAUUCGACGAUGGAGGCUCAUUCACACCUGGUGAGGAUGAAGCCUGGGGUCUUUUCAAGGUGGCACUUUCUCUUUACCCGAGAAUCCUGUUGCUUAAUACAGACCUACUGGAGGUUCAGUCGAUCACAGCCAUGGCCGUCUUCUGUCUCAAUUUGUCAGGCACACAGAUCCAAGGAAAGAUAAUAUCUGAAGCGGCGCGGGUUGCACAACGAGCAUUUUUACAUAAACCAUCUGGCGGCAUUGACGCUGCAGCGCGUAGCCGAGUCUUCUGGGUGGUAUAUUAUAUUGAAAAAACGGUCACUUUUCAUCACGGUACUACAUCAUUUAUCACGGAUUGUGACAUUGGGUCACCCGUACCCACGAUUCAAGAGUCAGUUCUAGGUGAUUUCGACUGGUUUCUUACUGCAAUACGGUUUGCGAGACUCUAUUCGCGCAUAUCUACCGACUUGUUCUCCAUAAGUGCUACCAACAAGUCAACGGCAACAUACCUCGUUAAUAUUGAUGAGCUAGAAGGGCUUCUGGAGCAGCUUAGACGAGCGAUUCCUCGUCAGUUUCAACCUGGCACGAAGUUAAGACCACAAGCUUUCUCCCAUUCUUGUGGAAUGCUCGCAGCUCUUCGAGUGCACUACCACUAUCACGAGCUCAAAAUCGCGCUUCACCGAUUGAAGCUUCAUGUUACUCGCGACCAGACUACAUCUCAGUCUCGGUCCGCCAUCACAAAUAUGAUGAACUCAGCGCGUGCCGUAAUUGAGGCCACACGAGCUAUUUACCAAGAACCAUCUACCCCGUUUUUUAUUAUUGUCGUCAUGCCUAUGACGGCACUGUUUAUCUUGUUCGACUUCGUCAUCCAUAAUCCGACUCAUGUGGAUGCUGGCAGUAGUCUUGUCCUACUUGAAAGUGCGACGGGCUAUUUUUGCGCUCUUGAGUACGCUACUGGCGGGUAUCUACCAGGCUCUAUGCUAAUGCGAUUUGCAUCCAUCGCGCGCAAAUUCCACUCUUCUCCUCAAGCUCUGUGCGCCAACGAUAUCAGCAGUGGUUGCAAUGAUAUGGAUACAGCCGUCGAACGAUCCGUGCCUGAAAUCUAUGACACAAGUUCAGUUGCACAUAGCCAGAGUCCGUCGAAGGUUACCUCUCACUCAAUGACCAACGACUUAUCCCAGAACCCUUCAUACUUGUUCUACAAUAGCUCUAUGUAUGCAGAUGGCAGGCUCACACCUGGUCUGGAGAUUAUGGAUCUGUUUGGAGGCCCCGUCCUUGGCAUUGAUUUCUUCCCAACAUCAGAGUGA